UAAGCGCUAGUACUACCAACUGUUACUGGAAAGAAAGCAAACUGAAUUACAGUAAGGUAGACACGAGGUGCUGUGAGACGGUUAUUAGUUUGUGUAGUGUAUAAAAUUAAUUAGUGCUCUGAAAUAAUCGUGCCAGUAUGCCACCGAAAUAUAAACCUGGUGGAAAGGCGUUUCCAGUUAGAGGUAAACCUAGAGCAUUGCCACCACAAGUACCUUCAAGUAUACCCUCUUCCUCGUCGUCGGCGAGCUCUGCAACAUCAACGGCUAGUGGAUUAGACCUGGAAGCUGAAAAUCAAUUUGAGCUUGAGCUCUGUUGGUGCAUACAGCAGUUGCAGAUAGAAUUGGCAAGUGGCAAGUUACCGGAGAAACAGAUGCAUGACAUGGACAAGAUUGUGAAUAUUCUGAAGAGCAAUUCUGCUCCGAUCGUAAAGAAGCGGCAAGUCAUGCGAAAUACGUUUGGCAACUAUCGAGAAAAAAUGGCGCAAGACGAGAAGAAAUUUAGAAAACAAGUAUCAAACGUCAAGUUCACGAAUUCAACAGAUGCUGAAAUGAAAUCUGUUUUCCUCAGGAAAGCUUCCGCAGUUGAUAAAGUAUCGACUGAGCAUGAUGAAGGGACAGUUGUGUAUCCUGAGAAGACGCCUAAAUUACAAAUCAAAGGAUUAUCAUCUGUAGAUUCAACGGAAAGUUCUUUCAAAUUUAAUUUUAAAGCACCCGAGGUCUAAACUACAGAAAUAUGUAUAUAAUUUUCUACUGCAAAUAAAUCAUCUUCCGUUGGUAA